ACUACAUCAAAAGAAAAUAGAUUUCGCCUCUGUGUUUGAACCAAUAGAAAGCUGGUGCUCAGAGGAAGAGGGCGGGCUUUACUUGGUGUCAGUGACAGAAAUGAAAAAAAGCUGAAAUGAGUGAGAAGGACGAUGAAGGAAACAUCUGUGCUGUGUCUGCUCUUUCUGAUCUCACUGCUGAGCUGCACAACAAACCAAGGUCAGUAACCUUCUUCUGUCACAGUUUAAACCUGAGAAAUGCUCACUGAUAUGACCUGAUUGGGUUCAUGUUUCACAAUGUAAAGUCUAACAGAUCAUCAGUUUUUAUUUUAACCCUCACAGCUCGUCUGACUGUGAGUCCCAGCAGCUCUCAGUUCUUUAAAUAUGACUUUGUGUCUCUGAGCUGUGAGGAGGACGACAGCUCUGCUGGAUGGACUCUGAGGAGAAACACAAGCAAACGACAGAAGACUCAGUGUGGAGAUGGGUGGGGAAAACCAGCUGGUUUGAUCUGUAACAUCAGCUACAUCGACACAUGGGACAGUGGGGUUUACUGGUGUGAGUCCAGAGAGGGUCCCAUCAGUAACAUGGUUAACCUGACAGUCACUGGUGGAUCAGUGAUCCUGCAGAGUCCUGUCCUCCCUGUGAUGGAGGGAGAUGACGUCACUCUGCUCUGUAAAACAAAGACCACUCCCUCCAACCUCCCAGCUGCUUUCUAUAAAGAUGGCUCCCUCAUCAGGAAGCAGCCUACAGGUCACAUGACCAUCCAGCAUGUUUCCAGGUCUGAUGAAGGCCUCUACAAGUGUGACAUCAGCGGUCAUGGAGAGUCUCCAUCCAGCUGGAUCACUGUCACAGACAAACACACCACCACACCUCCACCUACAUCCACACCUCUACUUAUAAACACCUCUAUCCCUGCACCAGCCUCUGCCCCUCUUCUUUUUCAUAUGUUAAUCUCUUUUGCAUCAGUCUGUAUUGUGGUUCUGCUGGUGUUACUGGUUCUGCUGGUGAGACGAUGUGUUCACAGGAAAGUUGAAGCAGACAUAGUUGGGGAAGAUGACAUCAUCACUGAUGUGAUGUACAGUGCUGUCAAAACAACAAUUCAUCAACAGCCAAUCAGAAGAAGCAGAGAGACUGAUUCAGCUGUGGUCUACUCAGCAGUGAGAACUGAAGAUGUUAGUUAUGGACAAACAACCAACAGAACAAGGAGGCCCAGGUACAGCUGCUCUUUAUCUUUGACUGUGGACAGAGACAAGCUAGCUGCUCACCCUGUUUACAGCCACCAUGCUAAGCUAAGCUAACCACUUCAUGGCUCAAAUUUCAGUCUUGUGAUUCAUUGAUAGACUUUUCUGUCAGAAACAAAGUGUUUCAUGUAAAGUCAACAGUUACUUUAAAGAGAUACGAGGAGCAGAAUGUGAGGUUGGUUAUAAAUCUGUGUUCCUCUUUGUACUGACACAGUGUUUAAAAAUAAAACUAUAUUGUUUUUUAACAUAACUAUCAUAUAUACUAGUAAUAUAUUUUAUGCUACAUCAAACACAAGUGUUUAGCAGUAUUUAUUUAUUCAUUUUUUGUCUUUAUGUCAACAAAUAUCCUGCACAUUGUCACAAACCGACAAACUGGCUGCACAACCAUGACAAAAAGGGAGAUGGAAACAAAAGCUAUUUAAAGACAUGAGGAGAACUUAAACCGUGGUGUGUGUGUGUGCAUGUGUGCACGCACUCAGUAAUGUAAAUGAGUGCAUGGGUGAAGAAAUGUUGUACGCAGUGUUGUUUCGUGCAGAAACCAAAGCCAGUGACACCUGCCACACAUACAGGCCAAAAACAAAGCAGGGUGGUGGGUCAUCACAAACAGAACCUGACAGCUGUGUGUUUUUACUCGGAUGUAGCUGGAGAAAAAACCUGCUGCUGUUGUUUGUUUACAGUGGAGCUGGUCUGCUGGUCUUUACUUCCUGUCAGAUAUAUUUUGCCCCAGCGGUGGCUGUUCAUGUUAAAUAUGAGCAAACUUUCACAUAGUGACUUCACUGUAUAUAAAACUAACCCCUGUUACCCUAAAGCUCAGGCUGCAGAUGCUCUAAACACAUCCCUAAUAUGGCAUCCUGGACACAGAAGCUCCACCCACAUGUUGUUCAACCUUUUGUUAAACAAACCUCCACCCCAAAUCCAAAACAAACAAAUCAGGACAGCAGGAAAGAACGCUGUAGCACAAAGAUCAUUCAUCAUAACCCGGAUAUCGUUCCAUUAUGUAGAUUCAGUUACCCUAACAUUGGCAGUCAGAAAGGGGCGAUGCUGGCACCAUCUGACCAAUCGAAAAGAGGCGUUUCAUGGAUCACAUGAAUUUUCUCCCACAGAAAUAAUCCUGAUGAGUGCUGCCUCCUCCAGAGACGUUAUCAGAGAGUGAAUAAAAAACUAUAAAAACAUAAAAAAUAUA